AUGAUGCAGAGAGGCGAACCGGAGCGCUUCGCACAACGCCCAACAGACACCUACGCCGGCGUCUCCAAAAAAACUCGACUCUCUAGUCACUCCCAGAUUACACGAUUGGAUACUGAUAUGCUGUAUACUGCUACCGCAAAAACUAUGUCAAAGGCUGUCCACCCCCGUGAAGAUAGAGACUUUUGGGCUGAUAGUUCUAGUUCAAACUUGGAUUCGGACAGUGACAGUGACGAGACAGAGCCUGUGGCAGAUAAGUGGGAAUGUGUGCGAUGUAAGGUUAAAUCCAUUCCUUUGGCCACGUAUUGCCUCAGAUGCUUCCAGUUGCGGAAGAGUUACUUUCCUGAACGUCCAAAGCGGAAGCACCCGCAUCUGAGGAAGAGGUCUGCGUCUUCGCCACCGGGCCCUUCUUUGGCAGAUGCGCCAUCAAACGUGCUAGAUUUGGAGCAAGCACAGUCCUCAGGAAGCCAGACAGCUGGCAAGCUCGAAAAGGGAGACAAUGGCGUGAGCAAUAAGCAACUUGCACAUGAGUGCCCUAGCACUUCCCAAAGCUCUUCCCUAAUGCUGCAGGUGGAGGGGCAGGACUCGGCCCCUCCAGAUGAACCAGAUAGAGAGUUACUUUCCCCCAAAUCUGAGCUCUGUCCUAUGUGUGUCGAUAGACCAAAAGAUGGUGCUGUCAUUCACAGUAAGACUGUGCACAUUUUGUACUGUUACCAAUGUGCACUGAAAGCAUGGAACAAAACAAAAAAGUGUCCAAUGUGUAACAACAGACCACAUGAUGUUUUAAAGUUAAUUUUUGGUUAAAGAUAGUAUUAAUGUAUAACUGCAUUUGGCCUUGUAAUAAAAAAAAAAUCAAAAGUUUUUGCAUCAGUAAGAGAUCUUCCAUAAUGUAUUGCGGGAUUAUUUUUGAGAUCGAACUGAAAUCAAGUAAUCCCUUUAAAUUUCCCUGAGUCCUUUUCUGAUAUGUACAUUCAGCACAGGG